CGACAUCCGGUCUUAACUAUACUUCCCGGGAAAAUGUCGGAUGGCAUCGUCUGCAAGUUGCGAAACGUCUCACUUGCCGAUCGCCCACAGUACGAAGCCUUGUCGUAUGUCUGGGGAGAUGGGAAACCCGAAAAAGUCAUCUCGGUGAAUGGGCAGAAGUUCAAGAUCACCGCCAACCUCGAAGCAGCCCUGCGACGUUUACGCCGUGAACGGAAGUCGCGCACUAUGUGGAUCGAUACCAUCUGCAUUGACCAGGACAAUUUGAACGAGAAAAGCCACCAGGUCCAAAAGAUGUGGAAGGUUUAUUCAAAGGCAUCGUCCGUCGUCGCAUGGCUAGGC